AGCAAAUUGCUGUCAGUUCCUCACAAAAUGGCGCUACCAAGGGUGCUGUGUCGCGCUCGUCUCAUUUUAAAUAGCGAUAUUUUCGUGGUUUCUAAAUAUUGUUCCUUAGUCAAUCCUGUUUCAAUAAAUAAAACGGUGUACGUUAAAACUGUGCGACAUUUUAGGACACAUUUCUCAUCGAGUUUAGUGUUAAAUUCAAAUAAAAAAGACGAUAAGAGUGUGCCCGAUCCGCCAUCAUCAACAUCGUCGUCCUCGUCGUCUUCCUCUGACAGCGAUUUGACAGACUCGGAUUCAGAUUCUGAAGACGAUUUACACCCCGAUACGAAUUACAAUAUACCCCCUCCGAGACACUGCACUGAUAAAGAUGUCACGGUGGAGUACCACAAGGGCCUUCCGCAGAUCACAGUACCCUUGCCUAGUAGGAAGGAGCGAUGCAAAUUCACGCUCAAGCCCAUAACGAACACGGUGGGGGACUUUUUAGAAAUGUUAAAGAAAGAAGACAAAGGUAUAGACAGGGUGAUUUGUAAGACACGCGACGGCACUAGGAUAGCGUCUUCCAAUACGAUAGAAACAUUAUUAGACGAUGAUUUUAAGUUACUUAUUAACGAUACUUCGUAUAACGUUUGUUCGCCCAAGCACGAAAGGGUCACGGGAGAGGAAAUACAAAGACUAAAUGACGUGAAAACCAUGGUAUCUCAACUAUACGAGGCGAUGAAUGUACAAGAACACCAACUUUCCAAAGAAAAAGAACUGACCACCCAAUUGGAGACAAUCAAGCAAGAGUUGUUGCCUUUAGAAGAGAGAAAGCAAGAAAUUGAGCUAGUAGCCCACCGAAGAGGAAACUGGCUAGCGUGGGCCGGAUUAGGUCUAAUGUCUGUCCAAUUUGGAAUUUUGGCGAGGCUCACAUGGUGGGAAUACUCAUGGGAUAUCAUGGAACCCGUAACAUACUUCGUCACCUACGGCACUGCAAUGGCGUGCUACUCCUAUUUCGUACUUACGAAAGAGGAAUACAUUCUUCAAGACGUUACGAAAAGACAACAGCUGCUGGUUUUGCACAAAAAAUCCAAAAAAUUAGGCUUAGACAUCAACCAGUACAACAUGCUUAAGCAAGAAGCCGCUCGAAUAGAGUAUACGCUUAAAAAAUUAAGGAACCCGCUGAAACUGAAGCUACCUCCGAAACCCGUUACGCAAACCAUGGUUACUGAUAUUGCUGGGAUGUCAAGCGCAACUCCGGUCACCGUAACUUUGGUGGAUAAUCCUCAAAUACCUCCGAAAAUCAUCGUGGAUCCCGCGGUGACGUCAGUGAAGACUAAAGUUGAAAGCGCACCUGUGGAAAGCAAACCCGUGGAAAGUAAACCCGUGGAAAGCAAAGAAAUUAAAUCGACGGAAACUAAAGAAGAAGCGAAAAAAGCCGAGCCCAAAAAAUGAUGAAAAUUUGUUAACAAAUUGUCUUCGUUCUUUGCUCUUAAUUUGUUUUUAUAUUAUUUAUUGAUCACUAGGUAUAUUUCUAGAAAAACCUCUAUUAAAUAAAUAAUGAAUUUACUAUCAAAUAAAGAUAGUGAUUUAUUUAUUAGAGGUGAAAAUCGAUGACCAUUGUUGUAAUAGCAGCAGCACUGGAUAGAUAUUAUUUUAAAAAGAAGCUCAAAUUUAGAUAAUUAAUAUUAAAUAAACUAUUGGAAUUUCUAGAAUAUAAGCGAUUAUGAAAUUUUUAUUGUUUCGAUAUAAUUAGAUUAUUUUUAUUACAAAGAAAAACUGACCAACCUAUAGAUAUCACGCUUUAUAUUCUAGGAAAUCGAAAUGUUCUCUCUCUUUUUCGAAGAGGUGUAAAAUUAGGUAAGUAUAUAGUUAAAUAUUUAAUAUUUUUUAAAUUUCAUUCCUUUAAAAAGAUUGUACUAAUUUUGUUCGAUUAACCAUAACUUUUUUUUAAUUUUAAACUUACCAAAGUCUAUUUUAUUGAAGUAAUUUUGAUACAAUAUGAUCGUAAGAAAGUUCGGUAUGAUUACUUGGCUUAUAAUACUUUUAACUUUUUUUAACCGAUUUUUACUGGUCUAUAAUCAAAUGUGUACAUUUAUUAGUCCAAUCAAUUUUCUUAUUUUUCCUUCUCUUAAUACAGUAACUUGAAUUUUAAUUUGAAAAUUUGUGUUCA